AUGCCAUCCAACUCUAAGACACUGGCAGUGUUUGGCCAACCCGGCGUGGGCAAGAAGACGCUGGUGGGCAGCCUGCUGUAUAAAUGCGGGAUGGAUCUCAGUCUUCUCCAACAGCUUGAGAGCUCCGGCACCAGAAAAUAUGUCGAUAUUGUUCCCUUCUUCGAGCAGCACAAGCUGGCCAAGACGUUUUAUGCCCCAUCCACCACCAUCACAAUUGUCAACGGCAAGACACCUGACCUCGUUAUUUGGGUUGUGGACGCGUCUGCCCUAGACCGUGGCGCAUCAAGCCCUGAUGAGUUGGCGUCGUUGAUCUCUCACAAGGACAUCGAACCCAAGGAGAAAUUGUUGAUCCUUGUGAACAAGAUGGAUGAAACCGAGUCGUCUGAAGACGUGUUUGAAGCGAUAUCGAGCUCCUUCAAAAGCAUCGAUCUGGACUCGACCUACACUAUCCCAGCCUCAGCUCUGCGCGGAGACAACCUUCUAGAAGCCCCAAGUGUGCCGUGGGCUAACACUGGGCCGACUAUAAUGCAAGCGCUCGGGUAG